AUGGCACCCAAGGCGAUACCCAAGCCCAAGCAGUCUUCUAAUCCACGAGGGCCGAAGUCUACCAUUCAUAACAUACGCAAACUGGCCAAGAAGAAGGAGCCUCUCCCGGUCCCAGACCGUGUCAAGCGGCAUUUCACUUCGCUAUGUGCUCAGAUUGAUGGAGGUCAUGUAUCUAAUGCCCUAAAGACCUGCGAUAAGAUUCUGCGACUUGACCCGAAGGACACAGAUGCUCUGCAAGCGAAGCUUUCCCUCCUAAUGGAGGAUGGGCAAUAUGCUGCUGCUCUUGAACUCUUGGAUUCGUCCGCUUCUACGUCAGAAGACGAUGCUUACAAGCGAGCGUAUGCACUUUACCGCUCGCAGCAGGAAGCAGAGGCAGCGGAGGUGCUCAGCGGGAUGAAGCAGAGGAAUCCUGAUGACAGGAAGAUACUUCAUCUCGAGGCUCAGACAUGUUACCGCCAAGGUUUAUAUCAAGUCGCCUUUGACCUGUAUAAUCAACUACUUGAUACAUGCGACCCGCAAACGGAAGAACAUUCGGAUAUUCUCACGAAUCUCCAGGCAGCUCAGACACACCUCGAUUUCGUCACGACCUCAUACGCCCGUUCCCUCGACGCCAUGCCUCAUUGGCUCACAUCAGCCAUUGAAUCCACGCCUCCCCCGCCCCCACCUACAACCACGCUACCUAGUACCGCUGUCGUACCAACUGCUUCCACAUCUGCCGCUGCUGCCACGGAAGGACAAACAAAGAAGAAAGUGCGCGCACGCCGCGUUCCUAAGGGUGUGGUUCCCGGUGUUACUCCUCCCCCGGAUCCAGAGAGAUGGCUCAAAAAAACGGAGAGGUCGACGUACAGAGUACCUACAAAGGGGAAAAAAGGCAAGGGUGGAUAUGGAAGUGGCGCCACACAAGGGAUCGUGGAGAGCGGAGGCAGCGCUGUGGCCACAGGUGGCGCCGGUGGUCAAGGCAAGGGUGGGAGCGGUGGAGGAAAGGGAAAGAAGAAGAAGUAG